AUGGAAAUCCUUAUGAACCAUCAUUUUCACCAUGACAAUCAGAGAGCACUACAAACACAAACACAUUCCAUCAUUCAAAGUCCUCAACUUGAACCGAAUAAAGAUUUCAAUGCUCAUACAUUUUGGAUGAGCAAUGUUUUAUUUCAAAGUAUUCCAAUUGAGCUUCCUUUUGUUUCACUGCCUGGUUUCAAUGAGGUUUGUAAUAUUGACAAGGAAGAGAAAUGA